AUGCUUUUCGAGCGCAAAACAGUCUCGGGUUAUCCUAAAGACGAUCAGACCACCGGCCGGGGCGAGGAUCCUAGCUCAGCCGUUGACGUUCCUCACCUUCAACAACGAUCCGAUCGGCAGAGCGUACGUACAUUGUAACAGUACCUUUAGUGCGCGCCUUGUUCUGACCUACAUGGUCACCGCGUGUUGCACAGAAAAUUCGCAGACUGGUCGAGCCGCUUUGCCUCGCAGGGCUACGAGUCGCAACUCGUAGAGAUCAUGCACCCCCACUCGCACGUGAUCUCCUCGGCGGAGCAGGCUUCGUUCAAGGAAAUGGGUAGACUGGGUAUCGAGACGAUUCGAAAGAAUUUGGAAAAGCUAGAAGAAGGUAAAGUGCAGACGAGCCUGAGCUUUUAACUUCUUUGGCGGACGGAAGCUUCCCCAGCCCCAAGCUCUUUUUCCUCGCCUUUCCUCAUUCCAGCCUUCAUGUCCCUUCUGAACCCUCAAUUGGAAGCAUUACAGAAGCACCCAAGCUGACAUGCCCUCCCUCUUUGAACAGACUACAUCGCCUAUCUACGCACUUCCACGACGUCCCCCUUCCCACCCCUUCUCUUCGCACACUCGACGUCGACUCUCCUCGCCGAGACGUACGUCUCCUCCCAUCCACUGUCCGGUAUGGUCCUGUGCUCCCCACCCUCCCUCUCCGACUUUGGUCGAUUCGAUCCCUUCCACCCCUCCCAGAAGCAGAGACAGGAUCUCGAAACGGCCGCUACUUCGGCAUCAAGUACCCCCUUGGGGCCGACCCAAGACCUAUUCAACUACGAACCCGGAUUCCCCAUCGCGAUCACCCUACCCCACUCGACUGCACCUUCAUCUCCUCUGCACGAGCGCCAUCGCCUCCUUCGAGACUUUGGCGACGAUGGAGAAGAGAACGUCGAGGCGUGGAUCGAAGGGCCGAUCGAGGAGCAGAAUUGGCAGAGGGUGAUGGAUUGGAUGGAUGAAAACAGGUUCUGA